CAACAUUUUAAAUGCUGUCAAAGAAAUGCCCCCCAGCUAGAGGAGGAACCUCACUCCAUCCAAGGAAAUUCAGCAACUCUGGUACAGAGUUAUUCACAGAGGCAGGUGUUGGUGAUAGCUACUCCUUAUAAUGUCUCCCUACAAGCUUGUUACUGUGACUGACAAAGAUUCAGCGACAGACCUUCAGUAGAGCUUCAGUCUGUGCGAAGAGAUGUGGGUGAGUGGAGGGCUGGUGGCUGGAGAAGCUGAAGAAGAGGGGAUGGAGUCGUAAAUUCUGCAAGUGGAAAACCAGGGAAGAGGAGGGCCGAUUCUUUUAGCGCCCUGCUGACCCAUAAAGCACUGAAGGAUUGAGUGGAGCGUUCCGCCCUGCAGUGGCACAUCUGGACCUCCCUUCCCCUCGCCAUGUCCCCCCACCUGGACCCUCCCCCUCACGCCCUCCCCACCUGUCUGCUGCUGUUGGUGCUCAUGUCGCCCGCCUCUCCGCUCCCGUCCUUCUCCCCACCGGAGGGAGGUCUCAUGCAUCUUGCGGUCCACAACAAAACGGGGGAGGUCUACCUGGGUGCCGUCAACUGGAUCUUCAAGUUGUCCAGCAACCUGACCAAGCUGCGGAGCCACGUGACCGGACCUGUCACAGACAACCCUCGCUGUUACCCUCCGCCCGGCGUCCAGUCCUGCCCCCAUGAGUUAGCGCAGACGGCUAACGUAAACAAGCUCCUGCUGCUGGACGCCUCCCACAACAGGCUGAUUGCCUGUGGAAGUACUUCCCAGGGGAUUUGCCAGUUCCUUCGCUUGGAUGAUUUGUUUAAACUGGGCGAGCCCCACCACCGCAAGGAGCACUACCUAUCCAGCGUGGCCGAAGCUGGGACCAUGUCUGGCGUGGUGAUACCGCCAGAUCUCUUCGGCGGCGACCUCGGGAAGCUGUUUGUCGGCACGCCGAUCGACGGCAAGUCGGAAUAUUUCCCCACGCUCUCAAGCCGCAAGCUCAUGUCCAAUGAAGAAAACGCCGACAUGUUCAGCUUCGUAUACCAGGACGAGUUUGUGUCCUCGCAGCUGAAGAUCCCCUCCGACACGCUGUCCAAGUUCCCAGCCUUUGACAUCUACUACAUCUACGGGUUUCAAAGCGAGCAGUUUGUCUAUUACCUCACUCUGCAGCUGGACACCCAGCUGACCUCACCUGACGCCAGCAGCGAACAGUUCUUCACGUCCAAGAUUGUGCGACUCUGCGUGGACGAUCCCAAGUUCUACUCCUACGUCGAGUUUCCCAUCGGUUGCACCAAGGACGGGGUUGAGUAUCGACUGGUGCAGGAUGCUUUCGUGUCCCGGCCUGGGACUCGACUGGCCCGUUCCCUUGGCAUUCCAGAGCACGAGGAGGUGCUGUUUACUAUCUUCGCUCAGGGUCAGAAGAACCGAGCGAAUCCGCCAAAGGAGUCCGCUUUGUGUCUGUUCACAAUGAGACGUAUAAAGGAGAAGAUCAAAGAUAGGAUUCAGUCUUGCUAUCGUGGCGAGGGGAAGCUCUCCCUGCCCUGGCUGCUCAACAAGGAGCUGGCCUGCAUCAACUCCCCUCUGCAGAUCGAUGACAAUUUCUGCGGCCAGGACUUCAACCAACCUUUGGGCGGCACCACUGCCAUCGAGGGCUUCGCCCUCCACGUGGACAAAGACGACGGCAUGACAUCAGUGGCCGCCUACGACUACAGAGGACACACUGUGGUGUUCACUGGGACCCGCAGCGGCCGGGUGAAGAAGAUUCUUGUCAACACCAUGAACCAGCCCGCCCUGCUGUAUGAGAGUGUGGUGGUCAGUGAGGGGAGUCCGAUCCUGACCGACUUGCUGUUCAGCCCGGAUCGUCAGUUCCUCUACGCCCUCACAGACAAACAGGUCACUCGAGUCCCAGUGGCCAGCUGUGAGCAGUACUCUUCCUGUGGAGCCUGUCUGGGGUCGGGAGACCCGCACUGUGGCUGGUGUGUUCUGCACAAUGUAUGUUCGAGGAAGGAUGGAUGUCCGCGCGCAGAGGAGCCGCUGCGCUUCACCACCCGAGUGGAACAGUGCGUCCGUCUGUCCGUCCAACCCGACACCAUCUCGGUCACCAUGUCCGGAGUGCAGCUGGUCCUCCAGACCCAGAACGUCCCCAGUCUUUUUGCUGGAGUCAACUGCUCUUUUGAAGAUUAUGUGGAGACGGAAGGACGCAUCUACAGCGGGAGGAUCUUUUGCCUUUCCCCUUCCGUCAAGCAGGUGGCUCCAAUUACGCAAAAUCAAGGGGAUCGACGUGUUAUCAAGUUGUAUUUGAAGUCGAAGGAGACCGGGAAGAGAUUUGCCAGUGUGGACUUUGUGUUUUACAACUGCAGCGUCCAUCAGUCGUGUCUGUCCUGUGUGGAUGGGAGCUUCCCGUGUUACUGGUGCAAGUAUCGCCACAUGUGCACGCAGGACGCCAGCGACUGCUCUUUCCAGGAAGGACGAGUCAACACGUCAGAGGAGUGUCCUCAGAUCCGUCCCAGCACUCAGAUCUACAUCCCAGCAGGAGUCAUGAGGCCGGUCACCCUGCUGGCCCAGAACCUGCCCCAGCCUCAGUCCGGACAGAGAAACUACGAGUGUAUCUUCCGCAUCCAGGGCACCACGCUCAACGUCCCGGCGCUGAGGUUCAACAGCACCAGCCUGCAGUGUCAGAAGACCAUGUAUGACUACGAGGGCAGCGACAUCAGUGACCUCCCGGUUGAUCUGUCCGUGGUCUGGAAUGGAAACUUCGUCAUCGACAACCCCUUCAACAUACAAGCUCACCUGUACAAGUGCCGGGCGCUGCGGGACAGCUGCGGCAUGUGUCUGAAGGCGGAUCCCAGGUUUGAGUGUGGCUGGUGCGUCCAGGACAAAAAGUGCUCCCUGAGGCAGGAGUGUUCCCUUCAGCUGGCCGACUCCGGAGGGUGGAUGCAUGCCACGUCUGGGAACAGCCGCUGCACCCAUCCCAAGAUCACCAAGCUGUUCCCCGAGACAGGACCUCGGCAGGGGGGAACCCGGGUCACUAUCCUGGGCGAGAAUCUGGGUCUCCAGUUCCGAGACAUUGAGACGGGCGUCAGGUUAGGCAAAGUGCCGUGUAUGCCCAUCCAAGAGGAAUACCUGAGUGCAGAAAGGAUCGUGUGUCUGCUGAACGACGCCACUUCCUAUCGUGUGCAGGAGGCUCAGGCGGAGGUGUGUGUGAGAGACUGCGUCAACGACUACAGGGCGCUGUCGCCGCGACCUUUCACCUUUGUGACCCCGUUUUUCAGCAGUGUCCAGCCGUCCCAGGGUCCCAUAUCCGGAGGCACGCGAGUCACCAUCGAGGGCAGCUACCUGAACGCCGGGAGCCAUGUGUCCGUCAGCGUUGGCUCUCAGCCAUGCCACUUCAAAAGGAGGAACGCGCGGGAGAUCGUGUGCGUGACACCUGCUGGACAGGCUCCAGGAGCCGCUUCUGUCUUCGUGGAUAUCGACAGCGCUGAACUCCGCAACCCAGCGGUCAAGUUUAACUACACCGAAGACCCGACUGUGCUCAAGAUCGAGCCUGACUGGAGCAUUGCCAGUGGUGGUACUUUGCUGACCGUCAGUGGAACCAACCUGGCAACAGUUCGAGAGCCCAAAAUCAGGGCCAAGUACGGCCAGGCCGAGUCGUUCCACAACUGCACCGUGUACAACAACUCGGUCAUGGUGUGCCUGGCUCCGUCGGUGGCGGACUCGGACCUGGAGUUUUCCGAGUCGGGCAGCGGCCCAGACGAGAUUGGAUUUUACAUGGACAACGUCAAUGCUUUGGUGGUGGUGAACGAGAGCUUCAGCUACUACCCCGAUCCAGUGUUUGAACCCCUGAGUUCCUCAGGAGUUCUGGAGCUCAAGCCCACGUCACCGCUCAUUCUGAAAGGUCGCAACCUGAUCCCAGCAGCUCCGGGCAGCAGUCGCCUGAACUACACGGUGCUGAUCGGUGAGACCCCGUGUGUCCUCACACUGUCUGAGAGCCAGCUGCUGUGUGAGUGGCCCAACCUCACAGGACAACACAAAGUCACGAUCCGCGUUGGUGGCUUUGAGUACUCUCCAGGGAGCCUCCACAUCUACUCUGACAGCCUCCUCACGCUGCCAGCCAUCAUCGGCAUCGGGGGAGGAGGGGGGCUGCUGCUGCUGGUCAUCAUUGCAGUGCUGAUCGCCUACAAGAGGAAGUCCAGGGACGCCGACCGCACCCUCAAGCGUCUGCAGCUGCAGAUGGACAACCUGGAGUCCCGAGUGGCCCUGGAGUGUAAAGAAGCAUUUGCCGAGCUCCAGACCGACAUCCACGAACUGACCCAGGAGCUGGACGGCGCUGGUAUUCCCUUCCUGGAAUAUCGGACCUAUGCCAUGAGGGUCUUGUUUCCUGGCAUCGAGGACCACCCUGUGCUCAAGGAGAUGGAGGUACGGGUCCAGGCCAAUGUGGAGAAGGCGCUGACAUUGUUCGGCCAGCUGCUGACCAAGAAACACUUCCUCCUGACCUUCAUACGAACCCUGGAAGCACAGAGGUCGUUUUCCAUGCGCGACCGUGGCAAUGUGGCGUCUUUGAUCAUGACAGCUCUGCAGGGGGAGAUGGAAUACGCCACCGGAGUCCUCAAGCAGCUGCUGUCGGACCUGAUCGACCGAAAUCUGGAGAGCAAGAACCACCCCAAACUGCUGCUCAGGAGGACGGAGUCUGUGGCUGAGAAAAUGCUGACCAACUGGUUUACUUUCCUUUUGUACAAGUUCCUCAAGGAGUGUGCUGGCGAGCCGCUCUUCAUGCUUUACUGUGCCAUGAAGCAGCAGAUGGAGAAGGGUCCGAUCGAUGCCAUCACAGGAGAGGCCCGCUACUCCCUGAGCGAGGACAAGCUCAUCCGGCAACAGAUCGACUACAAAACACUGACUCUGCACUGUGUGAACCCCGAGAACGAGAGCGCCUCCGAGGUGACGGUCAAGUGCCUCAACUGUGACACCAUCACUCAGGUCAAGGAGAAGCUGCUGGACGCCGUCUACAAGGGCAGCCCCUACUCAACUCGACCCAAAGCCUCGGAUAUGGACCUGGAAUGGCGGCAGGGACGGAUGGCCCGAAUCAUCCUGCAGGACGAGGACGUCACCACCAAGAUCGACAACGACUGGAAGCGGCUCAACACACUUGCUCACUACCAGGUGGCCGACGGCUCGGUGAUCGCUCUGGUGGCCAAGCAAAACUCCGCCUACAACAUCUCCAACUCCUCGACCUUCACCAAGAGCCUCAGCAGAUACGAGAGCAUGCUGAGAACAGCCAGCAGCCCCGACAGCCUUCGCUCCAGAACGCCAAUGAUCACUCCUGACCUGGAGAGUGGCACCAAACUGUGGCAUCUGGUGAAGAACCACGACCACUCGGACCAGCGGGAGGGCGACCGGGGCAGCAAGAUGGUGUCGGAGAUCUACCUGACACGGCUGCUGGCCACCAAGGGGACCCUGCAAAAGUUUGUGGAUGAUCUCUUUGAGACCAUCUUCAGCACGGCACACAGAGGCAGUGUUCUGCCGCUGGCCAUCAAGUACAUGUUCGACUUCCUGGACGAGCAGGCGGACAAGCACUCCAUCUACGACGCCGACGUCCGCCACACUUGGAAGAGCAACUGUCUUCCUCUGAGAUUCUGGGUGAACGUCAUCAAGAAUCCUCAGUUUGUCUUCGACAUCCACAAGAACAGCAUCACAGACGCCUGCCUGUCGGUCGUGGCUCAGACCUUCAUGGACUCCUGCUCCACAUCGGAGCACAAACUGGGAAAAGACUCCCCUUCAAACAAGCUUCUUUACGCUAAAGACAUCCCCAACUACAAGAACUGGGUGGAGAGGUACUACUCGGACAUAUCUCGCAUGCCUGCCAUCAGUGACCAAGACAUGAGUGCCUACCUCGCUGAGCAGUCCAGGCUCCACCUCAGCCAGUUCAACAGCAUGUCUGCUCUCCACGAGAUCUACUCCUACAUCGUCAAGUACAAAGAGGAGAUCCUGUCUGCGCUCCAAAAAGACGAGCAGUCCCGCCGCCAGCGGCUGCGUGGGAAGCUGGAGCAGGUGGUUGACACCAUGGCCCUGGCUAGCUGAGAGUCCGCCGACAAGUGGCUGAGCUCGCGCCUCCUGACCGCCGUCGUCCGCUGGCCCUCAUCAGUUGAGUCUGUCGCUUUCAUCCUCACGCAAAACCACCGACACUUGGAGAGUGGAACAAAUGGGGAUCCGAGUCCGAGUCCGUCCGCCGGCGCGCCACUGGGAUACGUUGAAUACAAUCAGGGGUAUUAGCCAAAAAGUCUCCUCGCUGGACACUAGCCAAGAUCACGACUGUGACCAUCCACCGUCAGAAAUCCAGGACUUCUACUGUCAAACUUCAGGGAGCUGCUACUGUGUUGCUCAGAGACCUUUGAGCAGGACUGCACUGAGGAGUUCUGCAGGGAAAUCCUUCCUCUGGAAUAGACAAGGAUAGACUUUAGUUUUCAAUUCUGCUUUGGAUUUGUCGUCUCAUCUGCAGUCUGUCGACGCUCUGUGGCACUUCGCCACUUGCUGCUGAAUUUGCACAACAAAGCUGAUCUCAAGAGACCGACUUUAUAUAUAUAUAUAUAUAUAUAUAUAUAUAUAUAUAUAUAUAUAUAUAUAUAUAUAUAUAAUGUUUGUUGAGAAAACUUUUCUAUUUCCUGUACAAAAACCUGUUUGAGAUUUGAUAUUGCGAAACAUGAGGAGAAAGACGUCCUGUGCCAUGUUUUAGCCAUGUUUUACUUUGAAUGUGUUUAGUGGAGAAAAAAAAAAACCUGUUAGAUGAAAUGUGCUUCUAUGAAACUAUUGUGAUGUUUAGUGACUGGAAGUUUCAAAAUAGGUCAAACUCUUCUGCGCGUGGCGAGAGCGCCGCGUGCGGGAGCCGCUUGUGAGCCGACUGACCUGCAGUGCUUUGUCUAUUGUAGAGAAACCAAACUGUGAGCGACUGGCGUCACCGGUGGUCGGCGUCAUGUGGUUGGAAUGUCUCAUGGAAGCACCGUGGUAAAUCACCAAAUCACUCCUCUACUUCCUCUUCCCCUCCAACACCUGCUUCUUCCGGGUGCUUUAUUCCAAACUGAGGACGGUGGUGUCACAAGGUCUUAUUUGCAGUAAAAGCUGAAAGUUGUAUUUAAAAAUGUGAAUGUGAUUUCCGGAUACGUAGCUUGAUAUUGUGGGGUUUUUGGGUUUUUUUUUUUUUAAACCAGACUCGCUGCUUCAGACGUGCAUGCUUCUGUUUCCGGCAGUUCUCCUUGCAAGGCUGCGUUCAACUGCAUUAUUUAUUUUUGAAAGUCACCCACCAAACUUGACCAAGCCUUGGAAUGUGGAUCCACUUCACAGGACCGCGUCGGCUCCUGUUGAAGUAUGAAAUAUCGACAUUAGUUUCAUAUGCUUCCUCAUCCACAGUGCUUCCCAAGUGUGUACUGGCUUCCUUGCGGAACAACUUCCUGUUUUCAGUUACCGUUUCCUGGUUAUGUCUCCAUCAGAUAUGCAUCCUUCACCCGCAGAAUGAAAGAAAGAAAAACGUCUAUAUACAUAUUAUGAUGACUUAUAAAUGAUUUUAUUGGUGUGGGCGGAAAUGCUGAAAGCCUCCAGGUGCAAUAGCAUUCUCUCAUACUUAAAUCAAGAGCGCCACCUACUGAGCUCUGAAAAGGCCGACGCUGCUUCAUGACGCCGGCCGGAGCUUUUCUCUUGACCUUGACCUUUGAGCAGGUCGAUGUUGGCAAGUCAGACACAGAUUUACCGGGUCCUUCCUCACGCUUCUUUCAGUUCUUCCGUCUAAUAAUUCAGCUCAUCUGUUGUGACAGUAGUUUGAAUUUUCCUCUGACUGAGGGGCAAAUGAUGACCGGGGAAAGGUCAUUUAAUCUCUGCACUGCUUGAAAGGUGGAUGAGCUGAGAAGGCCCGUCGUGCUCUGCCUCAUUUCCAGUUCAUUUUCACUGGAAGAGGCCAAUAUGAGUCGGAGACAUGAGGCUGACUGAACCAUUAUCCCACCAAUGAACAAGGAACAAUGUUUGUGAAGCAGCCGCGGAGCUCUACAACCUUCAUUUGGGACGCACUUUGAACAAAGCUUAUUUAUUGUCAUUUUUUAAAACCGUAUUUUUCAAGGUUUUAAGGGUGGUUUUGCCAGCACAAUUGAGUGACUCACAUCAGGUACUAAUGUGACGGCUCAGUUCAGCCCCGGUUCAUGAAUAACAACGGAAAAAAAACGUCGCAACAUGCUUUCUUUAAAAGUGUUGCGUUGACAUUUUGGUGGUGUCCGGGUCCAAGCUCUCUCAUGGCCAUGAAAGAUUGUACGCUGAGCUCCGGCGUGUCUGUCUGCGUGCACAUCCCUCCGUGUCAGACGGGUUUUAAAUGUCUUUCAAAACACCGCUCUGCAGUUGUACCUGCCUGGUGACGGGUCUUCAGCUUAAUUCCCGCUCACGCUUUCCUUAUCCUCCACUUCCCACUCCGCCUCUCUCUCUCUCACCUGCUGAGUUCACAUGAUUACCGUCCAUUUCAGAGGAGCCUAUGUGAAAUACCUUCAAGUCGAGAUUAAAGAGGCGGCGGGAGGAGGAGGAAAAAAAAAAAGAAACCCUCAGAGUUUUAAUACUUUAUGAAUUCUGAUACCUUUUUAAGAGUUCCAGACUCUAAGCUGCUGUUACAUGUUUCAGCUGUUUCACUCCUGUGUAAAUAUUCUUUCCUAUUUUGCAGAUUUAUUAUGUGUAAAUAGACAUGCAUCAGAAGAGA